UGGAGCCAAGGGGUGAAACAAUGGCAUUGUUCUAGAUCAGUCUAGAACCUCCUACGCGAAGGGCUAGAAUCCGAAUCUCAGAGCAUUCUGAGUCUUCCCUAGUCCAAGGGGGUUCGGCUCCCACCCAUCCUCCAGCAGGCCUCAUGUGGGUGCCGGCACUGGUUGGGGUUUUCCUGGCCGUUGCCAAGGCUUGUAUCUUUUGUCGCCUCCCAGCUCAUGCCUUGCCAAGCCGCCUGGCUCGGCUCAGUAGCCAGAUGGAGAAGCAGUGGAAGGAAUGGGCAUCCCCCGAUUUCUCAGCCUUUGCCUUAGAUGAGGUGACCAUGAACAAAAUCACAGAGAAGACCCACAGAGUCCUGAGGGUCAUGGAGAUAAAAAGAUCCAUUUCCUCGCUUCCUUCAUAUUGGCAAUGGCUUCAGAAGACCAAGAUCCCCCAGUAUACCAGGGAAGCUCUCUGUGCUCCCGCCUGCCCGCUGCUCCUAUUGUCUCCUGCAGGGGGCAGCACCAUCCUGUACAACUGCUCCACCUGUGAGGGCAAGGAGGCGUCUUGUUGGCCCCGAAAGCGCUGCUUUCCAGGAAGUUACGAUCUGCGGGACGCUAAGAUUCUGCUCUUAUCUAUCUUCGGGAUUGUCCUGCUUUUGGGUGCUCUGAGCCUCCAGGUGGAGUACCACCACCUGCAAGCGAAAGACUCGUGAAGAUGCUCACAGCUUUCCCACCCCAGCUCUAAGGAAUUUGUGCCCACAAUUUCUGCAUCCCUUAGGGUGGGAACAAGCCACUUUUUAGACCCAGCCCCAAAGCCUCCGUCUUCCAGACCCUAAAACUCAGACUUUUGUAAUCAAUAUCCAUGUCAGAUGCCUCCAGGAACCCAGGCACCCACAGCUGGAAAGUUCCUCCUCUUCUUCGCUCCACCAAUCAGACAGAGCCGUGGAUGAUGCCAGGAAAUUAUCUACAGAGGGAAAGAAUCCCUUACCACCACUCCCACAUCCCCUCUGUCCAUUCCCGGAAAGCGGGGGACUGUUGGCCUGUAGACCGUUGCUCUAGGCCCUCCUGUGACUGAUCGCGAAUCCGGGAAUGAGAGUUCUGGAAAACUCUCUCCCUCUGGGUUGAGACCACAUCAGUCAGCCCGCUGGCAUGCAGUCCCUCCAUUGUGCAGCCCUGGCCUCCACUCCUGCUGGGCCCAACUAAAUUUGGUGCGCAAUGCCUUCCAUCUGUGCCUGGUCUCUAUCUGCAACUUGGGCAGGCAGGAGAAUGGAGAUUCUUAGGAAUUCUAAUUAGGGGUGCGUCCCUCCCCCCUCAGAUAUUUAGCAAUGUCUGGAGACAGUUUUGUUUUGAAUGGGGGAUGUGUUACUGGCAUCUAGUGGGUGGGGACUAAGGCUGGGGCUAAACAUCCUGGGAUACACAGGAAAAUCCUGCGCUGACGUCAACAAUUUAUGGUGGAGAAAAGCGGGUGCCGGUGCUCUGUGUGUUAGGGGGUUGGGGUUCCGGUGACAAGAGAUGGAAGGUGAAGAGAGGCCUGUCCCAGCCGCCUGUCACCAGCCCGACUCUAAGCACUGAAGCCCAGAUGGGGUCCCAGCCUUCAUCUAGUUUUCAAACCGAGGGCACGUGUUUUCAAAUGGCACAUUUGAGUCACCGGGACAGUUUCCAAACAACUCACGCUUCCGUCUCUCCCCUGAGUGUGAGCGAAGUGGUCUCACACAAAGCCUUGGCUAGUAUGAUCUACAGCCAGGUCUGGACCACUGUCCUCGCAUUGCCUAGGGUCGGAAAGAGAAGCUUUCUGAGAUCUCUACUGUUUUCCUUCUUAUUUUUUUUUUCAUCUGUUUUUUUGUUUUUCAAGAUAG